AUGAAAGUUCAUGUUUUUGGAGGUGGAAAAAGUGUAGGAAGUAGUUGUGUUGUUGUUGAAGGAAAAGAAGAUGCAAUAUUAUUUGAUUGUGGAUAUAACCCAGUAAGACCAGAUGUUGGAAUUGAUUUUUCACGAAUGAAUGCAAUAUCUAGUAAGGUACGAGCGAUAUGUAUUACUCAUUUUCAUGUUGAUCAUGUUGGUAUGUUACCUUGGUUAACAAAAUUUAUGGAUGUUCCAAUUUAUCUUUCAGAACCUACACAAGCAUUGUUAUCAUUAAUAAUAAAUGAUAUUCACAGUGGAAAUAAUUUGUUUUGCCAAGCUGAUUUUGACAAAUGUAUUUUACAAUGUAAACCAAUUGAUCCUACUAUGACUAAACGAGUAACACAAAAUUUAUCAAUAAGAUGUAUUUAUGCUGGACAUGCUUUAGGUGCUGUGAUGUAUGAAGUAUUACUGGAUGGUAAAAGAAUUGUAUACUCAGGUGAUUUUGAUGUUUCUCCUUCAUUUCUUUUAAGAGGAGCGGAAAUUACAUCACAUGCAAUAGAUUAUUUGAUUACUGAAUCAACUUGUAUUAAUGAACAACAUAAAAGAAGGUAUGAACUAUAUCAUUAUGCUGAUUGUUUAUUAUCUGCUGCACGUUCAGGUGGUUCUGUACAAAUUGUUGUUAAUGGAAUUGGAAGAGGACAAGAAGUGAUGGGAAUAGUAUUAAGUAUAGUUCGUAGGUGUCAUUUAACAAUGCCAUUAUGUUGUUCAGGUGGAAUGUUAACAAAAAUAGCAAAUGAAUAUAAAAAAUGGAAAAAUUGGUUAAGGGAUGAUGUACAUGAACUUGUGGAUAAUUUCAGUAAGUAUCAAAUGCUUUCAGCACAAACUAACUACAUUGCUAUCACAACUCCAGCAACAUUAACUAAAGGUCAUUCUCUUGAAGUUUUUGAGAAGAUUAAAACUGACCCCAAAAGUUUUGUAAUUCUUCCUUCAUAUGUUUCAUCAAAUCCAAAAACACUUAAAGAAACUGGUUAUCAAUGUAAAAUUAUUAGAACAGAAGACAAUAAUCAUUCAGAUGGAUUUGGUCUUCAGGAGGCUAUACGUGCUUUACAACCUAAAGAAGUGUUUCUAGUCCAUGGAGAUCCACUUAAAAUGCAAAAAAGUCAAUUGUUCUUUCAAAAAUUAUUUAAUCUUCCUGUCCAUAUGCCAAAUAAUAAUGAGGCAUUAGUCAUAAAUGAUUCUUCUCAUAAAAAGAAGAAAAAGUCUUCAAAAAAGAAAAUAAAUAAAUCUAAACCUCCACGUUUACCAACAACUCUUAUAGAAGAUCAUUCUAAACCAAAAGAAGUUAAAAAAUUACUUCCAUUUGAAGAUGAUGUAUGA